AUGGACGAGUACGAAAUUGGCAAGCGCUUGCGCGUCAUAUGCACCCCAGCUCAUACCUCUUCAUCGGCCGGGGACAACCCCGGGGAAAGGAGCGAGAUCGAUCUCGAACUUGAGAUCCUGCACGCCUACACACCGUUCACCACGUCGGUCGUAUGUUUGGUCCGGAUCAUUUCACUCUCAACAUCCCCGCCUGUAGGUGGUCUGCCGGAGACAUGCGUCCUCAAGCUGUAUGACCGCCGCUACGCCAUCAAUGCGCGCGAGACUUUCGACGCCGGGCGUCUCUACUCGGCGGCGAAGGAAGCCGCGUACCAGCGGUUCCUCCAGGCGGCGGUCGCAGAUCCUUCCAUCGAGGAGAAGACUAUCUGGCAGCUGUCCGAAGAGGAGGAUGAGGGAGGAGUGGAGGCGUACCUUGAGCGGUCCUGCCAGAAGCAGUAUAUCGCGGAAAUGGGGGCGUACGGGGAUCUGGCGGAAUUGCAGGGAACGCUCAUCCCGACACUAUACGGCUCGGUACGCUAUCGCUUGGCGGCACCCCUCCCAUCAUCCUCCCCGGUCGGCGGAACUCCCUCGCCUAUCCGGUACGGAGUCAACGGAAUCCUCAUUGAACAUAUCCCCUCGACAACUCUCGAGGCGUACCUGACGGCAGCUAUGCAAUCGGAUCCCAUCCCCUACGACUACAUCUCAGACGUCUGCGACCAAGUGAUAAAGCUCAUGGACCGUCUCGAUAAUUUCAAAGUCCUGAACCAGGAUUGCGGAAUGCGAAACAUACUGGUUGUCUCUGACGCCGCUUCCCAACCGGAACUCUCUCCCUCAUCCAUCCGUCCAUCUCGCUGCGUCGCGAUCGACUUCGCCUACAGCAGACUCCGCUUUCCAGACGAGACGGACGAGCAAUGGCGGCGGGCGAAGGAGAACCAAUCAGAGCAAGAGGUCAUCGGCUGUCACAUCAGCCAGCUUCUGGCGAGCCUCGCAAGGGCGCGGCCGUCGGAGACUGCUAAGGCGGGGCUGUGGAAGAAUGUGAGGGCCAAUAGGCGUUGGUACCGGGAGUUGAGUAAGGAGGAGCAGAAGGCGUAUCAGACAGACGGUCAUUGGGGACUGUCCAAGGCGGCCGGUCAGCAAUAG